UACAGCAGCAAGGCGUAUCUCGCCUAAAACCUGGUGGACUUAAAACAGCUACAACACAAUAACAGAAGCUACAAAUUUCCGACGUCUUGGAGUUCUAAAAAAUAUUCCAAAGUUUCAGCUCGAGAAAUUUAACGAGGCGAGUUAUACGCCACUUUACCUUGUAAUUGUGACUAUAUCGCGCGGCGUCGCUGACUUCUUUAGCGAACAGCUAGCUGCAACACAUAGCAUUACAGUUACACUUCACAACAGUGACCAUGUGGAAAUUGUUCAAAAAACAUCUUCCGAGUGUGAUAAUAGCAUAAAAGAGCUGCAGGUCGGCCCACAGCUUUCAGAUUAUUUGUGACUGGCUGCGUUCAUUAUUUUAUAAAAGCAAAGAGAGCAUCCUGAUGAUGGCGUCUGCUGAAGGCGCUGUUGAAGAUGUUGUGGCUUCCCUAUCCACUCAGGAAAAUCAAGAACCGAAUCCGACAAAUGCUUCACAAAAGAGAAACACCACUAAGCUCAAAAAAGAAAAAGUAAAAAAGAAAAGGACCAACGUGAAAAAGAAAAGGACCAACGUGAAGAGAAUGGAGCAGCCCAGAUACACGGUCCACGAGGGCGAGGACAUGCUCCUCGUCAUAUCCAGCACCACUUCGCCGGACCGUAGCACCACAUGGGUCCCCAAGAUAAAGAGGAAAAAGGGAGGAGAGAAAAAGAAUGUCGAAAAAGAGGAGACGCCGCCUGUGAUUGCGGCGAAGCCACACGACCGCAGAUGGGGGCAAAAUCUUCCUGAGGAGGUUCUGGUUAAUAUUUUCAAGAUGGUGGUCAAUGAAGAUGGUGCUGUGCCCUUUCUGUGCAGGGUGGGAAGGGUGUGCCGCUUGUGGAACAUCGCCGCCGCCACUCCUAUUCUGUGGCGGAAAGUCUCCGUCGGUCACUGCUGGAUCGCGCCGGGCGAACAUCAGAACCCAGAAAGACGGAGACGGAUUAAAAACACAUUCGACUGGUUAACGCGGAGCAGAUUCUCUCAGCUACGGGAUUUCUCCCUCCAUCAUUGGACUGAGAAUGUGGACUAUGCAGUCGAUGUUGUGUCGCAGUUCUGCUCUCACCUGAGCUCGCUCACGCUCUCCUACUGUACUGGCCUAACGGAGGCGGCGUUCCAGAGUUUGGGCCUGCACGGCCACUCACUGCGUAGCUUAAACCUACAGUACACGAAGUUUCAAGAGGCUGGUCUUCUCACUUACCUGAAUGAUCACGGCGCACAAAUCCAGCAGAUUAGAUUCACCCACAGACCAAAGUGUGACCGACUUUCCUUCAUCUCUAGGGGAUGCUGUCCCAAUUUGGAGAUGCUGGAGGUUAACACAAAGCUGGACAGUCAAGACAACGAAGUGACUGUUUGUAUCCAAGCGCUACAGAGAGCUUGCCCUAAACUUAAGACGUUCCGGAUGCUGAACGUCUGCCCGGUGUUCAAGAAUACUAAUAGUAGUAAUGGUGCUGAAUCAUCUCCUGGCUUCCCUCUACUGGAGGAGCUGUGUAUUGCCACUGCCUCGUACACCUACAUAAACGACAAACAGUUGCGGGACGUACUCUUUGGCUCCCCCCGGCUGCGGGUGCUGGACCUGCGUGGCUGCUCACGCAUUACAUCUGCGGGCCUGGAGGCUUUACCUUGUCUUGAACUGGAGUGCCUCUUCUGGGCUCAGUAUUUCAGCAGCCACAUGGGCACAUUGUCCCUGAAUACGGGCCUCCAUGCCCUGACGCAGAAGUGGAGUCACACGUUGCGGCAGCUGGAUGUGGCCAAUCAGCCUUUUUCUCAGGAGGACGUGGAGGCGGCCAUGUUUCACCUGGCCCAGGCCAACCACACAGACACCCUGCGGUCACUCAACCUGAGCGGGACCAAAAUCACAGCAGGGGCCCUGAGGCUUCUCAUCGGCCAAACAUCAGCACUAGACUACCUCAACCUGUCCUCCUGUCGGGAUCUACCCAGAGGGGUAAAACGGAUUUAUCGCGGACAAGCGGAAAUUCGGCAGUUGCUGGAAAAAUUGGAAUGCAGUCAAACCUCGGUUUUCGACCACAAUCCGUUCGAGAAGUGAAUCGGUGAAUUCCAAAUCUAUUUUUCCCCAUUACAAAUAAUGGAACAAAAUUUAAUCCAUUCCAAGACUAAUAUAAAAAAAAAAAAAAACCUUUUUUUUUAUUUGCACAUUUUCGUCCGAUCGCGCAACUGCAGCGCGCUGGUCGCAUGAUUGUGAUAGAGCCGUCGCUGAAAUUUAGAAAAUAUUUUGAAAGUCCUGAUGUACCGUUUUCUUUUCAUGUAUAAUGCGCCCCCAUGUAUAAUACGCACCCUGAAAAUGGCAUGUUGAUUCUGGAAAAAAAGCCUGUACCCAUGUAUAAUACGCACCCAAAUUUUGACUCCUACUUAAGUCCGUAAACGUAAAACUAUUUCAGAAAAAAGAUCAUCUUUGGGAGCAACCGGAUGUUAUUCUGCCGGUCAGUGUCACUGCGCAUGCGCUAGCAAACUCGAUAGCGAAGAAAUGUUUUGGAUUUGUGUAGGGUACAUUGUGACAGCAAACGAGCAGGUGAUCGAGCAAGCGUCUGAUACGAGAGCAUCGUGUUCGUAUGGAGCGUGUUUGAAGUGAACAGCAGAGAAGAAAGCGCAUCUGUAAUGGCGGCCUCCGGAUCAUAUCGGGAUAAAAAAAAAAAUAUAUAUAUAUAUAUAUUUUUUGUACCCAUGUAUAAUGCGCACCCCAGAUUUUAGGACAAUAAAUUAGUUAAAUUUUGCGCAUUAUACAUGGAAAAAAACGGUACUUUCCAAAAUUUAAGUGGACCAGUGCGGGGUUAAUACAAUCCUCAAAGUAAGCAUCCGGGCCGCGCGGUCGGGUUUUCUCGGGUCCUUUCGGCUCAUCUCGUGAGGUUCGACCUCCGAAUUUUGUUCGACACCCGAAGCAAAAAAAACUCAAAUUCUUCGUUAGAAUUCCGAUUUGUUCGAGAACCGGGAAGUUCGAAAACCGAGGUUUGACUGUAGAGCUAAAACCAGACACACAAUUGCCUCAAAAAUAGUUACGUUUUUGUAAGACCACAGUGAACCCUGGAUUCACUAACUUGUAGUUUUUCAUUGGUCAUUUCUAAUAAAUGUUUACAGUUCUGCAUCGUA